GAUUAACUUUUGGAUUGUGUUGUGGAGUUGUCGCCAAUGGCUUUUGCAGCGCUUUCGUCAAGCUUCUGAGCUUGGCCUUGGAGCUCUAGGGUUGUUGGGUUUUUCGAGGAGCGUCUAUGAUGCAGGCUACGAACAAAACGGAUGGGAAUCCCAUCCAGAUGAUUCAGCUCAAGGUGAAGCAGCUGGACCAGGAUGUCAAGGUAUGGCUGAAGAAGCAGCCCGCUGCUGUGGAGGUAGCGUUGGUCACAGCAGGGAGCGCUGUGCAAGGUGGUGCUAUAGGCGCGCUCAUGGGGACGUUCAGUGCAGAUGUGGUCUCUACCAUGCCAACUCCUUCGCCUCAACUUAACCCCGAGGCUGCUGCCUCGCUUCAGCAAGCCAAGCUCAGAAGUGAGGACAAAGACUACUUGCGAUCAAAGAUUAUGUUGGAGAAACUUAAUUUGCAAAAGUACGAGAAGAACUUCAAGAAGGGCAUGUUGACAGAUUCAACUCUUCAUCUUUUAAAUGACAGUUCUUUAAGAGAUGUACAGAUUCCACCAGGACCCAGGCUUCUGAUUUUGGAUCACUUAAAAAGGUUAUGCGAUGCCUUUUGUGGAUGUAACUUGAGCAUGGCCCAGGAGUGGAGUGAAGGAAUCUUAGGGAGUACAUCCACAAAUAGCAGCAAGUGCAUCUACAUCCACAAAUGCUGGAAGCCUGAGCAUGGCCCAGGAGUGUUUUAUUCAGUGGGGGAAUAAAAUACAAGAUUGGGGGAAUGGUGGUGCACUAUAGACUGAAACUGAGAUGGCGCACCAAAAGUGUGCCAUAUCAUCUGUCGAGUCUAAAUGCCAAGCCCUGCAUAUGAACCCUAGCCCUGCAUUUGAACCCUAGCCCCGCAUAUGAACCCUAGGGAGGCGUGCAUUUGGAAAGCGGUGCAGGGUUCACAUCGGGUAGAAGGUGAUUCCUGGGGCCAGGGUGACCUUGCAGGCGAUGGGGAAGAUGAGGUUGAGGGGAAGUCGAGGAGGGAUCCAGACUUUCAUGAGGAUCCUCCGGCCCAGCCUUCUCGACAACAACGGGGACACGGUUGGCGUGAUCUUAGGCACCAGCACUGGUGCAAUGUUGCAGCGUGGCUCGGGCCUAACGCGUGGCCUUAUGUGUGGCCUGAGCAGCUGAGCAGGGUUUGGCUGUGGCUGCACAAGAGGAUGCGCGGGUGUGUGCAAGGCAGAGUCGGAAGCAUGGGGUGGCUUCGAGUGCGCAUUGAAUUUGGGCUUGGGGUUUUUGGAGGUGUGCCUUGGAAGCUGUCUUGGCUUGGCAGGAAGGGUAGUUGCUGUCUUGGGGUUGAUUGUGGGGGCAGAGAUUAUUGUCUGUGGGGGCAGAGAUCGAGGAGUGAGGACGAUGAUGGUCCUCCUCUUGGGGGGCUGCUUGGAGAUGGGCGCCAUGGCUAGGGAGGAAGCACAAGCAAGGCCAGGUCCUCUACGAAGAGAGCAAAACAAAACAGGAAAAUGAAGUGGAAUGAAGGUGGAAGCGCACAGCAUGCCUAGUUAUAGGAACCCCUGGGACAAAGUGGAAUGGAGGAGGGCGCAAGCACUGGGAGUUCCAAUUGGAGUUGCAGUAGGAGUUCGAACUGGAGUUCCAGUAGGAGUUGCAGAAGCCGAGAGCAGCAGCAGUCCAGGGCAGCGGUUUGUGGAGCACGUGGAAAGGUUGUGGAGCAUACAAGUCAGCGUGGAGAGCAGGGAUGGGGAAUCCACGGGGGCUUCUUGGUCCUGCUGUGUGCCUUGUUCGUUGGCCCCCGUUCUCGGUGGGAGGCGCGGAAGCGGUGAUGAGAAUUGCUAGGGCUCGCGGCAUGUCUGAUUUGGGUGAGAGAGCGAAUGGAAGCGGGAAGAAGCGUCGUGGGGGAACGGCGUCUGAUAUGGGGGAUGUGAGCAAUUCCGGGUGUUGGGACGCUGUGCAUUUGGUUGGCGCUGCGUGGGUGAGUGGACGGAUUGGGAGCGUGCGAUACGGGUGCGCAUGGCAUGGGCGAAACGGUUCCGUGGGGGUUGGGAAGUGUUAUUGAGGUUGUGUUGUUGCGGAGAUGCAGCAGGAAGCUGUGUGAGUGUGGUUGUGGAAGGUGUGCGGUAGCCGCGACCGUUGUGUGGGAUGAGGCAGGGUUCCUUUUAUGUUGUUCAUGUUUUGUGGAGCGACUUGAUUGGGUGUGCAGGUCGGGGUGUUCGAUGGGGAGAGUUUGGAGCUUUGGGAUCGGUGACGUUAGCGAUGGUUUACAGAAACGUGGUUGGGUGAUGUACCUAAUGGAGGUCACCGCGGACGUUGAGGACUGCGCUGGUUGUAUUUUGGAUCGAUGUGUUCCUGUGCAAAAUGCGCAGAUGAAGUGUGGUAAGUGUGCAGAUGAAGUGGAGUGAAUAUAGCAAUCUGGAGUUGGACACUGUUCAUAGGAAAUGGAGUCAAAGUGGAGUCGAAGUGGAGUGGGUACAGCAUGAAGAGAGGCAAGGGGACGAGGUAUUGUUUAUUAUCACCUUUCACCCUUUUAUGCAGCCUUCUUUUGCAGCAUGGCGCCUAGGAUCCUGAAGCUGGUUUUCCUACUUCUCCUUUGCAUGUCUCAAGCUUUACCAGGGGAAGGCUUGAGUGGGGCAAGACACAACUCGAUGGGGACGAGGAAACAUUUGAUGCCUAGAAUUCCAGUGCGGCUUCCUCUACCGGGUGCACUGCCUCUCUUGCUGCGUCCAAAAGUAUUUUUGACUUUGGCUUGUAAUUGUCAAUUUUUUUGGAGAGUGUCGCUUUUGUGUGACAUAAAAUACGUCCAAAGCUCUUUGGAAUGGUCGUCAAUGAAUGUGACAAAGUAGGAUACGCCACCUAGAGAUUUGAUGGGGCAGGGGCUGCAAACGUUGAAGUGAAUGAUUUCGAGGAUGCGGGAGGCUCGGUGUCGUUCUAUUUUGGGGGUUGCUUUCCUACUUUGUUUUCUGAGAAAACAUGUUUUACAUGGAUUUAAGAGGCCUGAAAAUGUAGGGAGUUCGCGGUCGGCGUGUUGUUAAAUUAUUUGGGAUAGUCAUCGGCUGUGAUAAUGGCCCAGCCAAGCGUGCCACGUAUGUCGCAAUCGGAUUCGGGGCAACAUGAGAGUAUCUCAAUUGGUUUAGAGAUUACGUCGAUAUGCGGAUCUUAUCUUGGGUCUAGGAUCGUGGAUAGAUCAAGGUGGAAUAGACCAUUACCACGGUCUCUUUUGGUGUAGGCGACUAGAGAGUGGUCUUGUUGUUGGCGGAUGAAGCAUUCUUCGACGACAAAUUCAAGACUCAUGUUUUUAUCAGCCACGUAGCCCACCGAAAUGAGGUUUUUGACUAUGCCAGGCUAAAAAAGAACGUUUCCCAUAGACUUUAUUUCUUUGGCAAGGUUGAUUAUGGAUACAUUACCGAUUGCGGUGAUGACUAUAUCCGCCAGCAGAUCGGAUGCGGUGCCCACUAGAUGGGCGCACGAAGGAGAAGGCACGGUGAUUUCCAGUGAUGUGGUUGGAUGCCCGGAAUCCAAGUACUACUUCAUUUUUGAACUCCUAGAAUCAAUCGAGUUGAUUUCUAAUUGAAAAAAACAUGCGUCGACGAUAUGGCGGGUACAACGUUUUUGUAAAAUCCAAUGUUUCCAUUCCUUUGCCCUGUCGAUAUGAGCUUUGAUGUCGCAUUCUCUUUCGAAGUGACCAGCUUCGCUGCAAUACUUACAACACUCAUUUCUGGGAUGAUCGGAACCGCAUGUUUUGAAACGAGGUUGGUAUGUAGAUGAUGGUGCUGAAUUUGAUCGCGAUUGAUACGUUGAUGAUGAAGCGAUCGAUCUACUAUUCGAUCGAUGUGGUCGAUGUUGACUAUAGUGUGGAUUUUGUGGUGUAGGAGAUUGUGACCUCUGGGUAUAUCUCUAUCCUGAGCUCCCUAAUUCAAAAAUCGUAGAACAUUGACCAGAUUGGGAAUAAGGUUGCUGGUACGUAUGGCCUCCCUAAUGGUCGCGAUAAUCGCAAUUUCGGUGUGCCAAUAGUGCCUCGCUGGAGUGAUCAGAAUUUGAUAAGUUCAUAGACAUCUCUAUGGCAAGUAUUUUGGACUCCAUGUCUUCAUAACAUGAAAGUUUAUCGCCAUCCAGUGUCAUUUGUUUAAAAAAAUUCAUACUUGUCAGGUAGGUUUUUGACGGUGGCCCAAACUCCAACAUCUUCCGAUAGAUCUAUAUUUACUUCCUCUAGUAAAUCCACUACUUCUUUCACAUUGGUUAGAAAACUAUCUAUACUUAUGUUUUUUUGAUUUUUUCAUCAUGAAAAACUUUUCUAUAAGCAUGUAUCUGCGAGGGCCGUUGUAAGUUUUGUACCUUUGUUUGAUUUUUGUCAAACAGAGGUGCACUUCCUUGUACCUCCUUAUGAGUCGCAGAGCUGCAUUUUUGCAUUGUUAUUGAUGGCAGUAAGGGUGCUAGCUCUUCUUAGCUGCUCCAAAGUGGACAGGGUUGUACAAUACUAAUAAAGUUUAUCGCUUUGUAAUA